UAGGAUCUUGCGCAAUCAAGAGAAAAAUUCAAAGAUUUUCAAAGCUUUCGAGAGAUAAUAGUUGGUCAAGAUGGCUCGUACUAAGCAAACUGCUCGUAAGUCUACCGGAGGGAAGGCUCCUAGGAAGCAACUUGCAACCAAGGCUGCUCGCAAGUCUGCUCCAACAACUGGAGGGGUGAAGAAGCCUCACCGAUACAGACCAGGAACUGUUGCCCUGCGUGAAAUCCGCAAGUAUCAGAAGAGUACCGAACUUCUAAUCAGGAAACUGCCUUUCCAGAGGCUUGUUCGUGAGAUUGCUCAAGACUUUAAGACGGAUCUGCGUUUCCAGAGCCAUGCAGUGCUGGCACUCCAAGAGGCAGCUGAAGCUUAUCUUGUGGGACUGUUUGAGGACACGAAUCUGUGUGCGAUUCACGCCAAGCGUGUGACCAUCAUGCCCAAAGACAUUCAGCUCGCCAGGCGUAUCAGGGGGGAGAGGGCUUAAUGCAUGGAUAACAUAUUAGUUGCAAUCUAUCUUGUUAAAGUCUAGCCAGAUACGAUAUUAACCUUCUAGUUUGUUUGUUUGUACCUCCUUACUGCUAGUAUUUGAUUUCCGUUCUUUGUUUUGUGCUACUAUGCUUGGAUGAUAUGUGAAGAUUAAAAGUACUAUGUUUGGAUGAUAUGUGAAGAUUAAUAGUACUAGUAUGUGAAUUUUAUUGA